AUGAGAACCUCUCAAGUUGCUGCCUUAACGACUCUGCUCGCCAGCUGUUUGCUGCUGUUGGUGCUUCCCGUACAGUCAGCACCUGGUAGCCUGAACGCCCGUGUGGUGGGCGGCGAGGAUGCAGCCAAGGCGCAGUUUCCCCACCAAGUCUCCCUAAGGAAUGCCGGUUCGCACAGCUGUGGAGGCUCGAUCCUGUCCAAGAACUACAUCCUAACCGCCGCUCAUUGUGUGACCAAUCAAGACGCUAACGGAAAUCACAUUGCCAUUGCUGCUGAUCGCUUUACCAUUCGAGCUGGUUCCAAUGAUCGGUUCAGUGGCGGAGUCCUUGUCCAGGUAGCCAAGGUUAUUGUUCACGAAGAAUACGGAAAUUUCCUCAAUGAUGUGGCCCUCCUCCUGCUUGAAACGCCGCUGAUCCUGUCCACCAGCAUUCAGCCCAUCUCUCUUCCAACCUCGGAUACCCCUGCAGAUGCGGACAUCAUCAUUUCGGGCUGGGGAAGGAUCAAGCAUCAGGGCGAUCUACCACGCUAUUUGCAAUACAACACCUUGAAGUCGAUAUCCCUUGAGAGGUGCGACGAGUUGAUUGGCUGGGGCGUUCAGAGCGAACUGUGUCUGAUCCACGAGGCAGACAAUGGCGCCUGCAAUGGCGACUCUGGCGGUCCGGCAAUCUACAACAACCAGGUGGUGGGCGUGGCCGGGUUCGUCUGGUCCGCUUGCGGAACAAGCUAUCCGGACGGAUAUGCUAGGGUGUACUUCCACAAUGAUUGGAUCCGGAAGAACUCGGAUGUGAAAUAAUGUCGAACCUACUUGCUGUAAUACAGUAAUUAAAUAAAGCUCUGGUCGAGUAUAAAAACCUUCAAAUCGGA